GGCUCUGCAGUGUGAUCGUGCACAGCUGGAACCUCAUCAGACGGUCGGCGCGCGGUCCAACUGUGAACAGCUGCUCCGACGCACACCGCGUCCACAACUUGGCGAAGAAGUGCGCCAGGAGAGGACCCGGGCGAGGUGUAGGGUUAAUGUGCCGCGAAAUACCCACAUAGCCCCAUAGACAGGGUGAGCGCCAUAAUUAGCUCCAAAAAAAAAAAAAGAUAUCCGGGUGAACCUCUUUCCGAUAAGUUCUCGUGGGUUUCGAUCAUCGCCGCCUCUUGUCGCAGGACCCGUUGCUGCUGCUGCCACUUGGUGAUGUAAAGCUCUUCGUCUCAGCGCUCAUUCCUUGGCUGUUCCAUCACUGUAGCCUCUCCUCUCAGAACAUGGGGGCCUUCCAACUCUGAAGCAAGAGGAGCGAGAGUCAAACCAGACACAGGGAAACGAGGGGAGAGACAGAUAGGGGGCUGACGAUGGAGUCUGUGUUGUCGGAGCAGUCGGCCACAGUGGACAAGCUGGUGGAAGCUUGCAUCCAAGCCUUUGAUGAGAACGGCACUUUGAAGGAUGCUUCGCUGGUUCGUAUGUUCCUCAUGAUGCACCCAUGGUACAUCCCUUCAACAGACAUGGCUAAGAAGCUGGUGCUCAAAUCACAAGAGGAGAGCUGCACCGCUGAGCGCCGAACAAGAAUAUGCCACCUUGUAAAGUACUGGAUCUCCGAGUUUCCGGCAGAGUUCAAUCUGAACCCGGAGCUGGCCGACCACAUCAAAGACUUUAAGGACCUCUUGGUCACUGAGGGCAACGAGAGCCAGAGUCAGCUCAUUGACCUCGACAGUGUGCCAUCAUAUAAAUGGAAGCGGCAGGUGACUCAGCGUGUCCCAUCCGUGUCCAAAAAGAGGAAGAUGUCCCUCCUGUUUGACCACCUUGACUCCUGUGAACUGGCAGAACACCUGACCUACCUGGAGUACAAAUCCUUCUGCAAGAUCCUGUUUCAGGACUACCACAGCUUUGUGAUGCACGGCUGCACGGUUGAUAACCCCAUCCUGGAGCGGUUCAUCACGCUCUUCAACAGCGUCUCCCAGUGGAUCCAGCUCAUGGUGCUCAGCAAGCCCACCGCCCCGCAGAGAGCUGCCGUCAUCUCCCACUUCAUCAGAGUGGCACAGAAGCUGCUCCAGUUGCAGAACUUCAACACGCUGAUGGCGGUGGUAGGCGGCCUCAGCAAUAGCUCCAUCUCUCGUCUGAAAGACACGCAGAGCCACAUCAGCACAGAGACCAACAAGGUUUUCAACAACCUCAUUGAACUGGUGACGUCGUGCGGGAACUACAGCCAGUACCGCAAGCGCUUCUCAGAAUGCUCCGGCUUCCGUUUCCCCAUCCUUGGCGUUCACCUGAAGGACCUGAUAGCCGUGCACGUGGCGCUGCCAGACUGGGCCGACAAAGAGAAGAUGCAGGUCAACCUGCCUAAGACGCAGCAGUUGUACGGCAUCCUUCAAGAGCUGGCGAUCAUCCAGACCACGCCGCCUCACAUCGACGCCAACACAGAUCUGCUCAACUUGCUUACGGUAUCUCUGGACCAGUACCACACAGAGGAGGAGAUCUACCAGAUGUCUCUACAGAGAGAACCACGGAAGCCAGUGAACUCCAGCCCCGGCCCAGCGCCCGACCCCAAGCCAACAAUGAUCGACGAGUGGGCCGUGUCGGUCAAGCCCAACGCCGACCCAACUAUCAUCAAGAAACACAUUGAGAAGAUGGUGGAGUCCGUCUUCAAGAACUUUGACACGGACGGUGAUGGCCACAUCUCCAGGGAUGAGUUUGAAGCGAUCAGGAACAACUUCCCUUACCUCAGCAAGUUUGGAGAACUGGACAAGAACCAAGAUGGGAAGAUCAGCAGGGAAGAGAUGAUAGACUACUUCAUGAAAGCCAGCUCCUUGCUUAACUGCAAGAUGGGUUUCAUCCACACUUUCACCGAGGCCACCUACGUCAAGCCCACAUUCUGCGAACACUGCGCCGGCUUUAUAUGGGGCUUCUACAAGCAAGGCUACAAGUGUAAAGCCUGUGGGGUGAACUGCCACAAGGCCUGCCGGAGCCGCCUGGCUGUCGAGUGCCGGAAGAGGACCAAGAGCAUCAGCCACGAGACGCCGCCGGCUCUCCAGGCCAGAUCCUUUAGCUUCCCUCCACCUGCCAACACCCCAACCAGCCUACAGAACACAGUAAUUGCCGAAGAGGAUAUAGAGACGGUGGAGGAAGGUGUGUUUGAUGUCCACCUAUAACCAGAGGCCAGUGACAAGUCCCCAGGUCUCUAUUUCCAAAUCCCUCGCUGCGAUUGGUGACUGCUGGGAGCCAGACGCAGAAUGUUGCUGCAGUAUGAGAGUCUCACAGCCCCUCCACGGCAAGGAGAAAUUGCACUGAACCAGAGCCAGGAUACCUACAUGGCGCCACACAGUGGACACAUACGGCAACAGCAACUCCUCGUCUCCAGCUACAGUAGCUCAAAUGAAUGAAUAUGAAUGUGAACGUCUUUGUAUGAUUUCUAUGUAAAAUCACUGCAUUUUGAUGCCAUGCUGGCCAAGUGUUGUUGUAAAAAACUUCUUAUUAAAAAAAAAAUAUUUUCUUGGUGGAAUGUUUAAAGUCUGUAGAGUUGAUAAUUUGAGCACACUUUGCCACACAUUGGAUUGGCUGUCGACUUUUUCUUUGAAAUAUAAAAGAGGUGCUGUUACUGCCAAGAAUGUAAACCUGCCAUCCCACUAAGCUGGGAUCAGAGAAUCUCUGCUUUUUUAUCGUUCCUUGUCUGAUAAAAUUAGAUGUCAAUGGACCAAUUUUGAUGUCAGAUGAAAUUGAUGUUGAUUUGUGGUGUCCGUCUGAAAGCGUAAUGAGUCGAGUAACCAUUCUGCAAAAAAUAAACAGCUGCAUCGUGUGUACAGCUACAAUGAGGGUCGACUUAUGAUCAUUGACGCAUUUUUUUUCUCAUUUUCAGAAAAUAAAUGUUUUCAUUAUACAGUGCUGUCUUGUACCGGUGCGCUGGCGAUCUAUCCUCUCGCAGAACUGCGAAUGUAGCGGAGACGAUGAAACGCGGCUCUCACAUGAAGAACCCCGUCUUUGUCCGAUACAUUCGUAGGAGGGAGCAGGAAAAACCGGCUCCUGAACGUGCUCUGAAGCACUUGGACUUGAAAUACAAUAAUCUAAAGGAUCAUAUCACAACAGGAGUAAUGAGACUUUUCAUUUGACAGCAGCGCAAAGCGACAUUGCCCUGAGAAAUCUAUGGUGAUAGAAGUUGUAUUUAUCUGUUUUUAUCCUGCAUGCUUCUCUCCUUUAUGGCUCUCUUCUUUCUUUAUCUUUUCUUUUCUUAAUGUGGCAUUCCUAGUUAUCAUUUAUUUAGGAAACAUGAAGUCUUGAAAUUCCAGCCAGAGGAAAUGUUUUUGUCACUUAGCGCCUGCAGGGAGACAAAUUCAGAAUUUCGAGUGCCAUAUUGUUAACUGCUGGUUUGUCAUUGAAUGAGACACAUCACACUGCUGGUAUUUUUUUUCUUUCUGUAUAAAUAGCUAAAUAGCUGCCGGUCCGUCUGUUUGUGUUCUAUGAACGAAUCUUACCGACUGAUGUCAGCGCUACUGCUUGUGGUCCCCAGGUCAUUCCUCAGUAUUGAAUGAAGGCAACUUUCUAAAGAUUUGUACUGGUUAAGAAUUUCUGUGAGUAAUAAGAAUGUUACUGUUAAAAAAACAA